CGGGCGGGCGCCGGGGCGGCCAUGGAGGAGGAGCGGGGGUCGGCGCCGGCGGCCGAGUCCGUGCUGGAGAAGAACGUGGCCGAGCUGACCGUCAUGGACGUGUACGACAUCGCGUCGCUCGUGGGCCACGAGUUCGAGCGGGUCAUCGACCAGCACGGCUGUGAGGCCAUCGCGCGCCUCAUGCCCAAGGUCGUGCGCGUCCUGGAGAUCCUGGAGGUGCUGGUCAGCCGCCACCACGUCGCGCCCGAGCUGGACGAGCUGCGCCUGGAGCUGGACCGGCUGCGCGUGGAGCGGAUGGACCGCAUCGAGAAGGAGCGCAAGCACCAGAAGGAGCUGGAGCUGGUGGAGGAUGUGUGGCGCGGGGAGGCGCAGGACCUCCUGUCCCAGAUCGCACAGCUGCAGGAGGAGAACAAGCAGCUGAUGACCAACCUCUCCCACAAGGACGUCGGCUUCUCGGAGGAGGAGUUCCAGAGGCACGAAGCCUCCCAGAGUGCUGGAAUUACACGUGUGCCCAGCCAAGCAUCCAGAUUCAAACACACUUCCCUGGCCCCUGGUUUGGAACCCGUCUUGCCAGCUGGAGGGCAACAGAGGGAAACCACAGGCAUGUCGGAGCGGGAGCGGCAGGUGAUGAAGAGGCUGAAGGAGGUGGUGGACAAGCAGCGAGACGAGAUCCGCGCCAAGGACCGCGAGCUCGGCCUGAAGAGCGAGGACGUGGAGGCUCUGCAGCAGCAGCAGACCCGGCUAAUGAAGAUCAACCAUGACCUUCGGCAUCGGGUCACUGUGGUGGAGGCGCAGGGAAAGGCCCUGAUUGAGCAGAAGGUGGAGCUGGAGGCAGAUCUGCAGACCAAAGAGCAGGAGAUGGGCACCCUGCGGGCGGAACUCGGCAAGCUUCAGGAGAGGCUGCAGGGCGAGCUCAGCCAGAACGGGCAGGAGGAGCCCGAGACAGAGCCGGGCACAGAGGAACGCGUGUCAGACGAUGCAGAGAAGGCUGCUGUGGACCCCAAGGACCCCAGCCGCCCCCGGUUCACGCUGCAAGAGCUGCGGGAUGUGCUGCAUGAGAGGAACGAGCUCAAGGCCAAGGUGUUCCUGCUGCAGGAGGAGCUGGCCUACUACAAGAGUGAAGAAAUAGAAGAGGAGACCCGCAUACCCCAGCCUGUACCUGCUGCACACCCGAGACUGUCCCCGCAGCCCGAGUCCGGCAUCAAGCGGCUGUUUAGCUUCUUCUCCCGCGAUAAGAAGCGGCUGGCCAACAUGCAGAGGAACGUGCACAUCCACGAGUCCUUCGGCCAGUGGGUAAACACCCACCGUGACGACGGGUACACGGAGCAGGGACAGGAGGCCCUGCAGCACCUGUGACCUCGGCCCUCACCGCCGCCACCCGCGGAGCGCACCCAGGGCCGCUGCCUGGCACCCUCGAAGCUGACCCCUAGGGGACGCUCUGCUUCGCGGAUGGACCUGAGAAACUGAUGCCAAACUCUAAGGAAAUGUUUAUUUAUACCCAGGGCUGUCACUGUUUCUAAUAGAGGACUCUACCCUUAGGAUAUAUAUUUAAUAAUCCCACCGACUGAGGCCAGAUUUUCCCGCUAAUUUUAGUAACAAGCUUCUUCAAGCCAAAUACAUCACUUAUCACUGUAAUUGCCAUUUGAUUGACUUGGGAUCAACCUCUAGGUGUAAAGGUUUUUAUUAUCACCUUGUCACUACUUCCGUGACAGAGGAAAAAGUAGCUUUUUAAUUGUCACAAAAUCAUGCUGAUAUGGUGGGCACCGUGGCGCAUACCUGUGAUCUCAGCAUUCCAGAGGCUGAGGCAGGAGGAUCGUGUGAGUUUGAGGCCAACCUGGGCUACACAGUGAGUUCAAGGCCAGCCCAAACUCCAUAGCGAGACCUUGUCUCAAAAAGAAGCAUUGUGGUGACAGCAGAUCGGAGAGGAUAUAUCGAUGGGACGGCAGGGCCUCUGAAGUCAAAGACGAGCCGCCCCCACUGAAACACGAAGCACAGGACAUAAAAUGACAACCCUCCACCAGACUGGGGACGCCUCUGAGAGCAGCAGCCGUUCCCGAUCACCCUGGAGUGCGCGGCCGCGUGGAGGGCAGUGUGCCUUGGGAUCUGCAGUGAGUUUUGCAGUACUAACCAAACAGAGUUGCAAGGAUAAGUG